GUAUAUCACCAACCACUAACAAAUCAAACAUCUUUCAAGUCUCUCAAGAGUACAAACAUGGCUAGGAAGAGAAAGCUAGAAAUCAAUCAAGAACAAACCAUGGCUUUCGGUGGGCCCCAGAGAGCCAAGAAGAAGUUUGUUGGGGUGAGGCAAAGACCAUCGGGUAGAUGGGUUGCAGAAAUCAAAGACACCAUACAAAAAAUCAGAGUAUGGUUAGGGACGUUUGAUACAGCCGAGGAAGCGGCUCGAGCCUAUGAUGAAGCCGCUUGCUUGUUACGUGGAUCCAACACUCGCACCAACUUCUGGCCUUCUUCUCAAUCCUUCUCCACCACACCCGCACUCCCAUCGAAAAUCACAAAUCUUCUUCUUCAUAGGCUCGAAGCCCGAAACAACCCUCGACCACCAUCUGCUUUGGUGAAUCGACAUGAAGACGUGAAGCAACCGGAGGUGGAGUCGGAGUUCUUAGAUACGUAUUUUACCGACUUUUUAAACGAUGUAGACGGGUGUCUCUCUGUAAACGAUAUGAUGGCUAGUGAUGUUGGUAGCAACGUGAGCUUUGAAUCGUUUAUGCCGGUUGAUGUGGAUUCUUGUGGAGAUACAAAUGGUGGAGGCGAAAGGGAGGUGGAAGAAGAAGAAGAAGAAGAAGAAGGGGUGGAUUUUAGGUUUAUUGAUGAAAUUGGAACGGGUUGUAAUUUUUCGCCAUUUGAUAUGGCUCAAGAAAUGGUGUCGGAGCAAAGUUAUGAUGGGGAAGAAGAGCCGAUGACGAUAAGUGAAGCGAUGAAAAGGAUGAAAUAUGAACGUAAGUUUUCGGCUUCUCUUUAUGCUUUCCAUGGGAUUCCAGAGUGUUUACAAAGAAAGGGUGGGCAGGGAGGAGGUGCGAAGGGUAGAGAAAGGUCGAAAAUGCAUAGAAUGGCUCAUCAAGUGGAUGAAGAAAGUAAAAAUGGUGUGGAAGAAAUGUGUUUGGUUUCGUCGUCUUCGGGUGAGUUUAUCGAUGGAGAUAUGUCUAUGUGGAACUUGUUUGAUCUUCCUACCAUAUGUUAUGUUAAUUAGAUCUCGAUCUUAAGCUUUGAUAUGGGUUUUGAUACUUGGUGAUCAUUGGAAGAUAAACUUUAUUUUUUCACGAUGUUCAUAUGUUGUGAUUUGUGAAGAUUGUACACCUUAGAGUUAUUGGGAGCAAAUAUGCACGAUGAACCUUGCUUCCUCGUUCUAAGAUGUGGUGUUGUAGAAUGUAAGAUUUGUUAAGAAUGCGACUUUGUGUCAUUUUUCAAAGGAUCAAUGGAGUUUUUUUGCCUAUUGAAUUCAGAUCCUAAUCAUCCUAUGUAAGAUGUAAAACGGUGACUGUUGAAUCGAUUUUACUGGCAUGUGUUUUUUUGUUUUGUUUUAUUUUAUUUUUUUAUUUUUUUUUAACUAAGGUUGAAUUUGAAUAGAUUGUAAUAACUUAUUUUCUUUCCGUAAAAAGAUCGCGGAAAUUACACGAUUGUGAAAACUAUAGAAGUCUAAACUUUGUCACGUUAUGAAACUUCCGGAAAUCGUUGGGAGGCAAGGUCACAAGAUUAAAUAGCCUUUAUAGAGAACCGGUUGAAUUUCAUGUGUGGGAGGACAAGUAAGGUGAUUUAGACGCGUGAUGAGGAAAUAUAAAAAAAAUGGUAAACCGAAAUAUAGAGAAAGAAGUUGGAGCUUCAUACAAUGUUCGUUUGCCUUGAGAAGGCAUAUGAUCCUAUAAAACAUCGUUGAGAAGGCAUAUGAUCUUAUAAAACAUAGCAGAUAGAGGGUCCUAAGAUCAUCAGGGCUA